GCGGAAGCGCUGCAGGCGGCGCUCCUCCACGAUCGGGGCCCGGAAGAGCCCGGGGGCACCCUGACCUCGCUCUCUAUGGUCGCACGCCGGAGGACGCGGGCUGACGCCAGGAGGCGUGGCGCACCGGAUGUCUUCGGAGGAUAAUCGGGAGAGCGAGGCGGCGCUCUAGGCAAAAACUCUAUGGUCAACCCAGAGCGGCGCCGUGGAGGCGACUCUCUAUGGUCGGCAGUCGGGCAGAGAGUCGCUGAGCGGGGUCUGUCCAGGGCGGCGCUCUAGGCUUCCUCUCGAUGGUGCUGGCGGUUGCUAGGUGGUGCGGGGCCUAGGCCGCGGCGGGUCGGCGCCGCCAUGGCCGCCUCGGCCUCGGGCGUGGCGGCGGCGGCGCUGGGGCCGGCGGAGGGCCCGUGCGUGCUGUGCUGCGGAGAGCUGGAGGUGGUGGCGCUGGGCCGCUGCGAUCACCCCAUCUGCUACCGCUGCUCGGUGCGGAUGCGGGCGCUGUGCGGAGUGCGGUACUGCGCCGUGUGCCGGGAGGAGCUGGGCCAGGUCGUCUUUGGGCGGAAGCUUACGUCUUUCUCGACGAUAGCACUUAACAAGUUGCAGCAUGAGAAGAAGUAUGACAUUUAUUUUAUGGAUGGAGAAGUUUAUGCGCUGUACAGGAAGCUGCUGCAGCAUGAAUGCUUUUUAUGUCCAGAUUUGAAGCCGUUCAAUACCUUUGCUGAUCUGGAACAGCACAUGAGAAAGCAGCAUGAACUCUUCUGUUGCAAACUCUGUGUUAAACACUUAAAGAUUUUUACAUAUGAAAGGAAAUGGUACACUCGUAAGGACCUUGCUCGCCAUCGAAUCCACGGAGAUCCAGAUGACACCUCUCAUCGUGGGCAUCCCCUGUGUAAAUUCUGUGACGAGCGUUAUUUGGAUAACGAUGAGCUACUGAAACAUCUGAGACGAGAUCACUAUUUUUGUCACUUCUGUGACUCUGAUGGUGCUCAGGAGUACUACAGCGAUUACGAAUACCUUCGUGAACACUUCCGUGAAAAGCAUUUCCUUUGUGAAGAGGGACGGUGCAGUACAGAGCAAUUUACCCAUGCUUUCCGCACUGAAAUAGAUUACAAAGCACACAAAACAGCCUGCCACAGCAAGAACAGGGCCGAGGCCAGGCAGAACCGGCAGAUAGAUCUUCAGUUUAAUUAUGCUCCUCGGCAUCAGCGGAGAAAUGAGGGUGUUAUAGGUGGAGAGGACUACGAAGAAGUUGACAGGUUCAACAGGCAAGGGAGGUCAGGCAGAUUGGGUGGCCGAGGAAGUCAGCAGAACAGAAGAGGCAGCUGGAGAUACAAGAGAUCUCUGUGUGGACAGACUGAGUGCUUUGGAGAAAAAAGAGGGGAAGAAGAAGACAGAGAUGUUGCAGCAGCAGUCAGGGCAUCUGUAGCUGCUAAACGACAAGAAGAGAAGAAACGGGGAGAAGACAAAGAGGACAGCAGCAGUAGAGGUAAAAAGGAGGACUUGAGGGAUUCUGAAGUACCUAGCUCCAAACGUGUGCCAAAGUCUUCAAGUGAAGCUACAGAAGCAGCUGCUAAUGGUGCUCUAAGCCAAGAUGACUUUCCAGCAAUUGGUUCUGCAGUAGGACCUCUACAAGGCUCUGCUCAGCUAGCAGCAGUUAAGCUUAAAGAAGAUUUCCCAAGCUUGUCAUCCUCUGCAGCACCCGCUAUCUCUUCUGGGAUGUCUAUGACGUAUACAGCGACUGCAAAGAAAACAGCUUUUCAAGAGGAGGAUUUUCCAGCUCUGGUGUCCAAAAUGAGGCCUAACAAUAAAACAGUAACUAACAUCACAUCUGCGUGGAACAGUGGUUCCAGUAAAAAUGUGGUCAAAGCCAUUAGUAACCCUUGUGUAAAUCAGAUAGCCAAAAAAUCAUACUCUUUGAAUAGCACUAAAGGAAAUAAGAAGAGCAAUAAACUCUCUCAGUCAGAUGAUGAAGACGGCAGUAGUGGCUUGACAACCCAGGAGAUAAGGAACACACCAACAAUGUUUGAUGUAUCAUCCUUGCUGGCAGCUUCUACCUCACAAACUUUCACAAAAGUGAGCAAGAAAAAGAGAAUGGGGGUUGAGAAGCAGAGACCAUCAUCCCCUCACCUGUUACAGGAGACAUCAUUGCCCAGGUCUUGUAUUGAAAAGCUGCCAGAAGCAGAGCGGACAUCAAAUGCUGCUUCUGCUCUUCAUGCCCCUGACAGAUCUGCAGCUGUCGUGAAUGGUCAUUCAGAAAAAUCAUUAGCAAUCUGUAGUACACCCAAAGAGCCCCCUGGCCUUAAAAAGCCCACAGUGACGAACCAAUGCCCUUUACCUCAGGAAGACUUCCCAGCUCUUGGGAGCUCAGGAUCAGCUCGAAUGCCACCGCCACCGGGCUUUAACACUGUGGUGCUAUUAAAGAGUCCUCCUCCGCCUCCAGGACUGUCAGUGCCUGUUAGUAAACCCCCACCAGGUUUUGCUGUUAUUCCAUCCACCAGUAUCUCUGAACCUGUCACUACAUCUUUGAAAGAGCCAAAAUCCAGCCAUGGGACAUACUUGAUACCUGAGAACUUUCAGCAAAGGAACAUUCAGCUAAUACAAUCCAUUAAAGAAUUCCUUCAAAGUGAUGAGUCCAAGUUCAAUAAAUUUAAAACUCAUUCUGGGCAAUUCAGACAGGGUCUGAUUUCUGCAGCACAGUAUUACAAAAGUUGCCGAGAACUGCUUGGAGAUAAUUUCAAGAAAAUUUUUAACGAGUUGCUGGUGUUGUUGCCAGACACGGCUAAGCAACAAGAACUGCUUUCUGCUCACAAUGAUUUUAAAAUCAAGGAAAAGCAAAGCUCAAACAAAUCCAAAAAGAACAAGAAGAACGUUUGGCAAACGGACUCCAACUCUGAUCUCGACUGCUGCAUCUGCCCAACAUGUAAGCAAGUACUAACGCAGCAGGACAUUGUCACUCAUAAAGCUUUGCAUAUUGAGGAUGAGGAGUUCCCUUCCUUACAAGCAAUCAGUAGAAUCAUCAGUUAGCUCUUAUGAAGACCAAUAAAACAGUUUCUAUCUAUGAAUAUGCACUUUUUGGAAUGAGGUUUGACAGUGUAGUGUGGCUGAGAGCCGGUGCCAGUACACAGGUAACUGUUAGAGAGCCCUCUCAGUGCUGUUCAUAAAUACUGUGCAAAGGGAUCACUGGACUGCGCCGUAGCUAAUUAACAUCCAAAGUCUGAGCUUCCAAAAUGCCUGAGUAGAGUUAGGCCAAAAUUGCAGGGUGGGCAGGCAGGGGGCCACCUUUCUCCUGUAACAUGCAAUAGCUGAGAAAAUACUUUCUGAUCUGAAGUCUGACUGGGGACACAAUAGGGGAAUAUGCAUCUGGCUUGGGGGGGUUUUCUUUCUUUAGGGAAGGGUGGGAGCAGAGGGGGGGAGAUACUGAAUCACUGAAAUGAAUAGAAGCAGAAGUGACUUCCCUUAUAUUCUGAUUUUUGUGCUGUUUCUGUGACCACAGAAAUUGAAGCAGUCUGGGCUGCAGAGAUGCAGAACUGCUCCUACUCGCUGGUGAAUAGGGCCGUUUCAGUUGUGUGUCUGUAAACGUUGGGCUGCUCGUAUAGCUAAGAAUAUUCCUGUCUGAAAACUGAAUUAAUUUUACUACUUGAAGAAUUGGACUGAUCUGUGUGAUGAGUUGAACCUGAGGUUUGAAGUUGCCUCUGACCUUUUAUGUAACAUGUUCUUUAAAGAAACUUUUUUUGUAGCACUGCAUGUAGAACAAAUAAUGUUAAGGCUUUACUUUCUGUAAAGCACACUUCACGGUGAUUUUAUUUAAUGAUUGCCACGUUUCUAUUUCUUGGAUGUAUUAAUGGUGGUAGCUCCAACCAAUGGCAUAUUGGGAUAUUAAAUGCUGCUGAUCACUGACCAUGUUUAUCUGCAGUGCCUUUAAGUGCAUUUAUGUGUUUACAGUGGUCUGCACUAAUGAGGAUAAUUUGUUCAGGCUACGGAGUGUUUACAUCCUGUACCUCCCUUGGUGAUGUUGGUCUGCAGUAGCUUUGCUCAUGUUGCUUGCCAUCUGUAACUUCCACCUCUAGGAAAACAGGAGCUGAAUCUAUUCAUCAUUUGAAAUAACUUCUCCAGCAGCAGUUAUGAUGUGACAGAAUGACAUGUCCUCCCUGUAGUGCACUUCCAUGGCUAUAAUUAAGCGUCUGAUUCCUUGCCCAUCUUUGCAGACCAGGUUUAGUUAUUUUUAACAUGUUGAGAUUAAUUUAUGUAAUUUUUAAGUGACAAAACACUGCUUUUAUAUAAGCGUUUCUAUGAAAUUGAGCUCAGUCUAUUACUGAAGAGCUAGUCCUGGCUAUAGCAUUUCUUCCUUGCCUUAUACUUCUUCAUUUUGCUUGCUGUCAGGCUGCAAAGUGCUUUCGAUUUCUUUUUCCAAAUAAUUCAGAUUGUUUUAAAUACCUGAAUGUGUUGCACUCAGCACAGGGGCCAGAUUGCAUGCCCUGAAAGGGGAGGGAGGAGCAUUAGGCUGCAUGGCUGUUGAUAAAAUGCAUGAAUACAUGGCAACUAGUAACACUGCCGUGUUCCUGGUGCAGGGCGCUGCCUCUCGAGCAGAGCCAGCUGUGCCACCACCAUGACGGUGCUCCAGUUUGGAUGCCAGCUGCCCAAGUCAGCAACAGAUCUACAUCCUCAAUUCUUUCCCCUGACUGCCCCUUGGGUUUGUAAAGCUCAGAGGCAACAAAGCGUGUAUCUUCUGCAGGAGUUUCUGACGUCUUCCCUUUAUUUUUCAGUUUAUUUUCUUCUGUGUUAGCAAAUACGUAAGUUCCCAGCUGGUAGGUUGUGAACUCACGGUGCUGCUGUAAGUUUCCUCGAGGUGCUCGGCUCUCCUUGGCCUGACGAUGCAGUUUCCUUGCUCCCUGUGCUCACCUGAUUAAAUAAAGCAUUACCAAAUUUGUCCAGGCUGCUUCUAUUCAUUUUAAACUCUUUAUUGAAAAUAAGUUGCAGUUGGUACACAGACACUGAAAAUACAUCAUCACAGAUUGCUCUCUCAAAAGAUAUUUUUUUUUAUAUAUAUUUAUAUAUAUAUAUACAAAAGUUGUAAACAUUUUUAACUUAUUUCCAUACACAGUCCACUUUAUACUACAAUCCACGUAAGGUUAGUGACAACUGCAACUCGUGGAAGCGGUCUGCUUAUACAGAGGUAUCUGCAAAAGAACUUAAAUUUGCAAACCACAUUUGGUAUCGGUUUGUUAUUAAAACUUGUAAAGAAUUUUGAGGUUUAAACGCAUAUUGCAACAAAAUACAGGCAGCUGAACUUGGGUUUCAAGUUGGUACAGUGAAGGCCAUGUCUCAGCCUCAUGGAUGGUGGGAGGUUGACACACAGCUUCUAAAUGCAAUCUAGAGUAGCAUUAUGAAUAAAACAGAGUGGAACUCGACUUGUCUGCUCUCCCCAGGAAGACAAAGAAGGCUGAAAGGAAGUCUGCAAAUAUUACACAGCUUUUAGAGAGAGGAAUAUUGAUUCUACACUUUUACUAAUGAAUAGACAAUGAUUGCAGUUGGUUUAAUUCUAUUCAACUGCUCUCAGGGCUGCAGCAGGCAGAAGGGCAGCAGAUGUGAGUGGGGGGAAUGGGACAGUGCUGCGGAGGAGGGAGAAGGGGACUGAUAACUCCCAGUUAAGAGCAGCCAGUGGAAAAAGCAGAGCUCCCAGAGCUGUCACUGUUGUAGCAUGAACUCAGCACUGCUGUGCAGCUACCUGCAGACUGCCCAGUGGGAAACUCAUCUUGCAAAGUGCCUCACCAAAACAGCAAGCCAAAUCUAACUGCUCAUGGACAUGGUUAAAGUACAGGAGAUGGUGAAGCACAUUGUUGGGGAGAUGAUUUUACUGAGUAUUGGUUAAGCAAAGCUUCUACCUUGCUAGGAAUAGCUUAAGAUGCCAGGAGCAAUUUCCAAUUAAUGUCUUUAUUUCAAAUCCUUUUCUAAUGGGUUUAAAGUAUGAGUUCAUGCAAAAAAACAAAA